UGAAAUUAGUUCCCAGCCCGCUCGAUCUUUCUCUGGCUCAAGUUUUGAAUACUCGAUGAACCAUCAACGUCGAGGAAAAUGUAUAAUAUUCAAUCACAAGCAUUUCGAUAUGGUUGAAAAGUGUUUCAAAAAAAUGAAUGAUCAUCCAGAGAAUGAAAAUGAUGUUCGGUCAUUGGAAUCUUGUUUUGGAGGUUUAGGAUUCGAAGUGUUCAUUCAUGAAGAUCUCAAGAAAGCCGAAAUCAAAUUGGUUCUUGAAGCGUUAUCGAAAGAAGAUCAUUCGGAUGCUGAUUGUUUGGUUUUCUGUUUUAUUACCCUUAAAAUGGAUCAAGGUUUAUCGGCUAAAGAUGAGAAACUUUCACUUGGAAUUCUUUCCAAACUUUUCAACGCAAAAAGUGCCCUACAUUGGCUGGGAAACCGAAAUUGUGUUUCAUUCAGUUAUUUCCUUAUAAAUGUAAAUGGAUGCGUCAUAAGGGCUUUCUUGAUGGAGAGGCGUUGAUUAAACAUUAUGAACCCGAAAUUCUAGGUUUACAUUUCAAAAUUGGAUUAUCUCCUGAUUUCUUUGUUUCAUAUUCUCAAUCCUCGUACAUACAAACUCUAGUAAAUAAUAUUAACGAGUUUGGUUCGAAAUUAUCAAUAAUUGAUAUUUUUAUGAAAAUCAAUCACGAAUCUUCUGAUUCAAAGAAGAAAGAAGCGUUUGUAACGAGUAUCUUUACACUAACUCGACGACUUGUGCUUAAACCCAAGACUUCAACUGAUCAGUAACGAAUUAAAAAAUAACAUUGAUUUAAACAAUCAACUUUUACUGUGCGAUUUGUGUUUCGGAUUUAUUUCGACGAGCUCGUGGUUAGAUUAAUUGAUCAAUAAUGACUUGUUUGAACAAUUAUUGGCAAUAAUACAUGUAAGGAGAAUAAACGAAAGUUAUACUUGUAAAAUUGAUUAAUUUUCUAAUAAAUAAGUAAAUGAGAGAAGGGAA